AAGCUGAUGUGUUAUUCCUUCUCCGCAGCGAAGGAUCAGGAAGUUUGUGCUCACUCCGUGGCUGGGAAGUUUUUCACCUACUAGGAAGGGGGUGGGGGACGGGGGUGGAGGACAGGUGUUCUAAAGUAGAGCUCCAACUGCAGCCUCCCUCCGGCCGUAACCCAGGAGUAACGUCAGAAAUAGUUCAGAAUGACCACUUUAACUCACCGCGCCCGUCGCAUGGAAGUAGGCAAGAACUCUGAAAAGAAGGUAGAAAGUGAGGAAGACACUAAUCAAGACAGGAGUCCAGACAAUGAAGACUCCGGAGACUCUAAGGAUAUUCGCCUCACACUUAUGGAAGAAGUAUUGCUCCUGGGACUAAAAGAUAAAGAGGGUUACACAUCUUUUUGGAAUGACUGCAUAUCAUCUGGACUUCGAGGAGGCAUCCUGAUAGAGCUGGCCAUGCGGGGUCGAAUCUAUCUGGAACCCCCCACCAUGCGUAAGAAGCGACUACUAGACAGAAAGGUACUGCUGAAGUCAGAUAGCCCAACGGGUGAUGUUUUGCUGGAUGAAACUCUCAAACACAUCAAAGCCACUGAACCCACAGAAACUGUCCCAACAUGGAUAGAGCUACUCACCGGCGAGACCUGGAACCCCUUCAAAUUACAAUACCAGCUGAGAAAUGUAAGAGAGCGAAUUGCAAAGAACCUAGUAGAGAAGGGCAUUCUAACCACUGAGAAGCAGAAUUUCCUCCUGUUUGACAUGACUACUCAUCCAGUGACCAAUACAACAGAGAAACAGCGACUAGUGAAAAAACUUCAAGAUAGUGUCCUAGAGCGAUGGGUAAAUGAUCCUCAACGUAUGGACAAGCGAACACUAGCACUCCUGGUGCUAGCCCACUCCUCUGACGUGCUAGAAAAUGUCUUCUCCUCCCUGACAGAUGACAAGUAUGAUGUGGCAAUGAAUCGAGCCAAGGACCUAGUAGAACUGGACCCUGAAGUGGAGGGGACAAAGCACAGUGCCACAGAGAUGAUCUGGGCUGUGUUGGCAGCCUUCAAUAAAUCCUAAAGCCAGCACAUGGGUUUCUCCUUUUUCCCCUCCUGGCCUGCUGACUGUCAGAGACACUAUCACUGAGUUUUGUGUGAUUAGAUGUUUUUCAUCAUUUUGCUUUCCUUCUCUUGAAUCAGACUUGUGAUUUGGGGAAGCAACUUCAGGGCUUCUCCAUAGACCUUGACCUUUAUAAGCAGAUUUUAUUUCUUCCUAACUUCCACUCCACAGGUGAAUAAAGUGGAUGAGCCCACACACACCCAAUAAACAUUUUCUCUCAUUUCUUAGU